CUCCUCAGUCAUAACAAUAACGCAAACAAGUGUCCGACCUGUCGCCGCCAACUGUAUCGCAAAAAAACCAUCAGUGACGAUGGUGACAGUGAAUUCGGCAUGGACGAGCAACUUCGAGGCCUUCGAUUUACAGGAGCACGGGAAUGUCGGUAUCGAUCCGAGGAACGUAGUCUUUAUUAGCCUCAGCAGCGACGAAGAAGACGAAGAGGUCGACGAGGUAGAAGAAAGUAGCCACAGCGAGAGACCUGGUCACGACGACAGCCCUGGCGAGGACGACGAGCACGUUCUCGCUGUAGACCGUGAGUAUAUCAACGCCGAUGCAGAACAGCAGGUCGAAGAAGAACGGCACACAUUGACCAUCGAGGAAGGGGAAGAGUAUCAUGAAAGAAUAAUACUCGUGGACAGACUGCAGGAUAUCACGGAUCCUUGGGACGCAUCCAGCUUCAUCCAAUGCGUAGCAUGGUUUCUGAGACUCCAGGUCGACAAGAGCGGUGCAGAUAUCACAGACCCAACGCUCAUAGAGUGCAUUCAGUACGCUUGUCGCGUCUUUCAUUUUCCUGACGAUGCGCUUUUCGAGGAUGAGCUUUGGCAUCGUUUCGCUCCGAUCCUGAGAAGCAUGUACCGCGUUGUCCAGGCGAACCACCGUCAU